AUUGAUGCCUAGAUGUUUGCCAAGAUGUUGGCAGGUGUGCCACUGGUGUGUUCACACCAAUGACGUCACCAGACAAAGGCAAGCACAAGUCACAUGACAGGGGAGUCCGUCAUCUGUUGUGCACCUGCUCAAUGUUAAGAUGUAGCCUUCCUACUCAAAGUUUAAGAUGUUAUCACAUUUAUAGAAUAUAUUAUCUAUUGCCGGUAUUUUAUGUUGAAUGAACUUACCAAAGUCACUUGUGGUAAAGGGCGUGUGUCUGCAACGGAGUGAAUUGUGGACUUCGACCUCCUCUGAGCAGCCUAGGCUACCUGACAGGCAGAACGAGGAAGUGUUGACAGUCGCAUCAGUUGAACGGGGAAGCCAUUACACCUAUGGAAAUUGGCAACUUAGCUUAUUUCCGAACACAGACAGAAGCGUUGGUGUUUGUUUAAAUUCGUGCAGGUAUGUCGCUGUGAAAUACUCUGGAAAUGACUUGAUUUCUUACAUUGCGCUUACUGACAAACUUUGGAAAUUUUCGUAACAAAGUAGCUAAUUACGCGCGAGAACAUUCGUUCACAGUGGACUGCCUAAACGCGAUCAACGAGGUUGUUGUCAGACCUCAAGAUGAACCUGUCUUCUGAAGGAAACGCAACGCAGGACUUGCUGGAGCCAGUCAACGACACUGAGACACUCUCGCGGUUCCCAGCGAUGGUGGCAAAUAUGACAGAGGCGCCCGACAUGAUGGCAAUGGUCAGAUCUGGGAACGAGUCCCAUCAGAUCUUCCUGAACACCACUGCUGCCCAGGCACUGUCCGGCAUUUUCGUGUGGUCAGCACUGCUCAUCACGUGUCAUCAGAUCUACUCUCACCUGCGCUCGUACACCAUGCCUAACGAGCAGCGCUACAUCAUCCGCAUCCUCUUCAUCGUGCCCAUCUACGCCUUCGACUCCUGGCUCAGCCUCCUCUUCAUCAGCAAUGACCAGUACUACGUCUACUUCGACUCCAUCAGGGACUGCUACGAAGCGUUUGUCAUCUACAACUUCUUGAGCCUGUCCUUCGAGUACCUGGGCGGAGAAAGUGCCAUCAUGGCUGAGAUCAGAGGGAAGCAGAUUCAGUCAAGCUGCAUGUAUGGCACGUGCUGUUUGGGUGGAAUAAGUUACUCCAUUGGCUUCCUGCGCUUCUGUAAACAGGCCACCCUGCAGUUCUGUGUGGUGAAACCGAUCAUGGCCGUCAUCACCAUCCUCUUGCAGGCCUUCGGCAAGUACCACGACGGCGACUUUAAUGUAACAGGGGGGUACCUCUACAUCACCAUCAUCUACAACUUCUCGGUCAGCCUGUCCCUCUACGCGCUCUUCCUCUUCUUCUUCGCCACCAGUGACCUGCUACGCCCCUACGAGCCCGUCCUCAAGUUCCUCACCAUCAAGUCCGUCAUCUUCCUCUCCUUCUGGCAAGGCAUGGUGUUGGCCAUCCUGGAGAGGUGCGGUGUCAUCCCCAACGUGUCGGUGAUCGACGGGCACGAGGUGGGCGCGGGCACGGUGGCGGCCGGCUGGCAGAACUUCAUCAUCUGCAUCGAAAUGUUCUUUGCCGCCAUCGCCCUGCGAUACGCCUUCACCGUCAGCGUCUACCAGACCAAACUCGACGAUACACCACACAACGUGGCACCCAUGCACAGCAUCUCCAGCGGGCUGAAGGAGACCAUCAACCCGGGGGACAUGGUGCAGGACGCCAUCCACAACUUCUCGCCUGCCUACCAGCAGUACACGCAGCAGUCCACCCAGGAGGUGGUGCAGCCCAGCCAGAACGGGCACAAGCCGGGCACCGGCAUGGGCAUAGGCGGCGCCAGCAGCAGCGCCAAGAGUGCCAAGAAGCAAGACAAAAUCAUGCUCAUCACCUCCGACGACGAGUUUUAAUGAGCCCGCCACCCGGUGGGAGGGAGGGAGAGGGGGAGAGAGAGAGAGAGAGGGGGAGAGAGAAGCAAUGAAAGAGAGAGGAAAAAGGAAGUCUUGGCGAGAGGAACUCACUUUCUCACCUAAUAAACUUUCAACAGCCCUCUGGACAAGCUGAGAAACUUUUUAAAGUCUUCAGACUUUUUAAUGGCAAUCCCCUGCAGCGCCUACACCGCACCGCAGCCCGUAUGCUCUUCUUCUUUCUUUUUUUGAAACUUUUUUUUAUGGACUGAACAAGGUCGCCAGCAAUAUCCCCCCCCUCAUGGUUGUCAUUGAGAUUCUUUGUACAGAUAUUUGCACAAGAAUGAGACAGUAAUUCAUUCAAUUAUUAUUUCUUGCGAUGGUUAUUAAGUCUGCUCUCCGUAACCUUGCUGCGUUUGAAAAGGGGCUCAUCGUUGUCAGAAAGCAAUGGUGAAAGGAAACUAUAGAGUGGCAUGAAACGAAGCAGAGCCCCACACGCACUGCUUUAUCACCUUCCCUCUGCCUCCAAACACUGCACGCACACACAUACACACACACACACACACACACACACACACACACACACACACACACACACACACACACACACACACACACACACACGCACGCACACACGCCUACCUAACCCCUUUCUCUCCACUACUGCGUUAGCGCUGGCUUUGGCGAAGCGAGAGUGGCCAAUGGAGUGUGCUCUCUGCUGCUGCUGCUGCUGCUGCUGCUGCCUGGCGCUUGGCUCCCGUCUGCUUCCUGCACAGGAGGCCCCUGAUGGAUGUGUGGCAUUAGCUGCGACGUGAGGAGAUGUGGUGCGGUGGGCACACGGUAAGUGGCAUGAGGUGGUGAUGGAAGUGGUAGUAGUAGUAGUAGUUGUAAUGGUGGGUGGUGGUGGUGGUGCCAGAGUCAUAGCCCACUGGAACUGGCAUCGCCCAGCUAAGUGCCAAGCGGCAGGCAGGCAGGGAGGCAGCAAGCAAGGCGGAUGGGCUCCUUGAGUGUGUCUGCCUGCUCCACUCCUGAAGUGGCUGCUCAUCACCUCUUAACUGACUGCUGCGUCCUUCCGCCUCUCUUGUCUCCCUUACCAUCCCAUACCACCGCCCCCCAUCCUCUCCUCUCUCCCCACUGACCCUCCCUAUUCUCCAGCCACACACACACACACACACACACACGUGCUGGCUGCCGAUAGAAGGAGCCUCCACCAGGGUCCUUUUGAAGAACCUUUGUACCCUUAAGCGUGACUCAGUCUGGCAGCGUGAUAAGCACUGGCCAGCUAGCUAGCUGGCUGGGUGGUUGGUUUGAGCGGUGGGGGUAUGGAACAUGGGGCCGAGGAAGAAGGGAAGGGGUGGUCUGCUGAAUCUAUGCUACUCAUUAUGAUUCCCAGCAUGCUCGGCUCUGGCCUGUAUUGCAGUCUGCAGCCCUCCAGAGCUGUCUCUGUGCAUUGAGUGCAGUGUCUUGUAUUUUUUAAUGAUGUGUGUGUACACUCUACAGUACAAUUGGAUGUUCAUCCAUAUGGUUUUUAGGUGUGUUAGACAAAGGCUGUCAACAAACUGGACAGAGAGGAUGUUUUUAAUGCCACGGUUUGUUUGUGUGAUGUUCAAGUAAAGUAAUUAUGAAGUAAUUAUUAUUAUUAAUAGUUUUCAUUAUAGUUAAAAAGUUAUAAUAGUUUAUCGUAGUUGCUAGUUUGCAUUAAUUUGUGCUGCGGGUUCUCAGUGCAUAGUUAAACAUUAACAUGUUAUGUUCAUGGGAGCCAGGCUUGUUAUUGUCACUUGUUCCGUAGAAGUUAAUGUUGGCUGAUUGUAAAAUGCUAUAUUUAUCACUUUUUGUUCUUAAUUCUGAGUACCAAAGUGUUUCUGGCCUAGCCAGCUAUUUUUUUAAACAAUCUUCCGAUGUGUUAAGUCAUGUAAACAGUAGAUUUUGAAAAGAUUUGUGUCAAGUCAGGGAGCCGGGUUUUAUUCAGGUUCCUCAUGUGAAGGGGAUUCAAGCUACAACCAUUUAAACUGUUUCUGUGCAUAUUCUCUAGGUAAACUGUGCCAAUGUUUAUGCCUUAUAGGAGAAAUUCAAUGUCGUGAAAUACGGUAUCAGAGACUAUUGACCUCAAUAGGCCUGUACCAAUGAAUGUCCAUUUUAUUGAUCUGAUCUGGUUGUUUACUCCGCACCAACUAAAAUAAUUAGUGUAAUAAUUAUUAAAGCAAAACUGUUCAUGAUGA